AUGUCUUCCUGCAGGGCCCUCCGUAUUCUGGGGCAAGGUUUAUCUUUGCUCGCCGUCCUCUCUCCUCUGUCAGUCGCCGCCGCCUCGUCCAAGAAUGAGUACAAGACCAUGUGCGCCGCCUACGGCGCCUCUACUGCAGACCAGUUCGCCGGCGCAGUGUCCGACUCUGGCAAAUACCUCUACGGCUCUAACCAGUGGGGCUGGGAUGACAGUGGUGCCCAGCUNGGACUGGACGACUCGGAUGAUGCUGCUUCGUUCAACGUAACGUGGUCCUGGACGGAGCGCGAUGUCUGGCUGCCUAGCAGACUGGACAACGUCAAGUCUUUCAACGUCAGCGCCGCAUGGGACAUGUUCCCCUCGGCUCAGCCCAAUGCUGCCAACAAGACCCAAGCCCUCAUCGACAUCGGCUGCAAGGCCGACAUUGCGCUCGACAUGUUCAUCGACAGCAACAACGUGACCUCGACGAACGCCUCGGCCGCCGCCUUUGAAGUCAUGGUGUGGUCGUCUGUCUGGGGCGGUGUCGCUCCCAUCGGAUACCAGACCUUCAACGCCGAGUCGCCCAAGUACACUCUCAACGGAGUCGAAUACUCGCUGUACUCUGGCUUCAACCAGCAGGGUCAGAAGCAAGCCGUCUUCUCCUGGGUCCCCGCCGAGAACCAGAAUGGUAUCGAGGCCGAUCUCUGGGAGCUUGUCACCUACCUUGUCAACGCUGGCAACCUCACCUCCGACAUGUACAUCGGCCUGAUCCAGUUCGGUACCGAGACCGUCCACGCCACUCAAAACGUCACCUUCGAGAUGCAGAAGGCUCAGAUGGACUUCUCUGUUGUCAAGCAAAAGCCUACAACCACCAAGGGAUCUCCUCCCGCCACCGCUGGUGCUUCCAAGGGUGCUGCAUUCCACGUCGCACCGACCGGAUUCGCUCUUCCCGCAGCUGCCAUGGGUCUCGCCGCUGCUGUCCUCCUCUAA